AUGUCGCUCGCGCCGACGCGUCUCCUCAGUCUUCACAUCGAGUUGUCCAAAGACGCUGAGCGCACCCAGUACUCGACCUUAUCGAGGCCGUUGGGAAGGCAAACAGCUCCUCACGUCCAAUCGUGCGUCUACCAAGUUCAACUAUCGAAAUCUCGAUCUAAGCUCAUGCGUGUUCGGUACUACAAAGCCCACACACUUGAACCUUCCGCCUCUUGUCGAUGCUCGCGAUACAAAUUUCUCGCUGAACUGGCCAACCUCAUCGCCCAUCGAGCUGCACAUGAGUGUAGCCACCUCAAAGCUGUUCUACUCAAAGGAGGCCGAUGGAAUCGAACGACCCAACCCGCGGAGAAGCAGGCGUAGGGAUUAGCAAUACAGAGCAAGGACGCAGUGCAGCACAUUCACGCGUCUUGAAAGCGUUGCUACAGUCCAUCGGACCAUCUCGCUUCGAAGACAUGGCGGGCACGACAAGGAGCCUUCGCUGGACUGGAGGUGACCAGAUGCCCCGACCGCUCACAACAAACGAGAUUUCAGAAGAAUGCCUAUAUUGAGGAUGGCCGCAUUCAAGUGAGUUGUCGCUGAAUAUAGGAACGAAGGCAACUGGAUCUAAUGUUUUGUUAAAUGUCUCCGAAAGGAACGAGCAGACGGAGCGCUAGCACAACGCUAUUCUCAUUUUGGAUCGCUUGACGGCGGAGCUGUAACCACUACCACAACAUUGGAGAUCGGAUCUCUGAUCUGCUUUGGCCUCAAGCGUGACAUGCAUUCACUCAGCUGCGAUCAAACUGCUCAUGGAGAAGAAGUGCUGUCCAUCGGUAUUGGUACGUUGUUUUGAGUGGCAGUUGAGCUGUGAAGUUCUCAUUUGACACAGGUCUUGUCUGCUACAGUGCGAUAGAUCUACAGCAAAGUGACAACAGCGCGCUCGCGUCGUUGGUUGGACUUUCAAAUGUCGUCGUCGUACGGGAGCUUCGCCUCAUCAAGAAAGCACAGUGCUCUUCCACUCACCACAUUGAUGGCACUAUGCCGUUCCGCAUGAUAGAUGGUCGACAGGUCAUCGAGUCGUUAAGCCCGCCAAAGACUACAUAUCGUUCAACCACGGACCUUACCUCACUUCACCCCGACGAGCGCAUAAUCAGCACGAGCGCACAUGUCGAGCAAAUAUUUGCCUCCCUUCGGAGCGUGCCCGGCCUGCGAGAUGCCGCCGGCAGACCCUCUACAAGCCGCAAAUGCCACCGCGGAUACAAAGAGCUCAAGUUCAGCAAAAUGGAAGUCUGACAACGAAGUAGCGAGCCUGCCAGCCAAGCAAGGAAGGCUUGUUUGAUGCCUGGAGCCAUGCGCGACACCAGCCGAAGCGACGCGCGCCGCAAGCCACUUUCGAUCGGCCGCCGCGCGCCCGCAAACGCUCGGAACGCGUUUUCGAGGAGUUUUGA